UAAGAUCUAUCUUGUUUUAUAACUUUGUCUGUGGGCUAACUUAUUGUGUUGAUCAACAAAAAUCAAGGGUAAUUUUUAAAUAAACGAAAUUUUAUAAAAUUCAAGUAUUAUAGUAGCAAAAAUGAGUAAGAAGAAUAUUGUGAAAGCAAAAUACGUCCCCUUAUCUAGUUUGCGUCGAGCAGUGGAACUUCUAGAAACUCCUUUGCCAGCAAACGACGGUCGUUGCAAAAGAAACCUCGCAUUGGUACAACAGUCCAAAAGCGUUGAUGAUAACGAUUUCUAUAUUCAUGGGUGGAAGUACAGUUACCAUGUGGCGUUGCGGCGAGCGAUAUACUCGCACAAAUGGGAUCAAGUCGCCUAUUUACUGAAAAAAUCACCUAUUUGGGAACAUUUGAGGGUUGGCAAUGUUCAUACAUAUGUAAGAGCUUUAACAAUAGUACUUAUGAAUCAUCCUGCUGCCAAGGCUCAGUUGUUGUUGGAUGAAUACCUUCACAUGGUCCUGGCGUGUCGUUCAUUGGAGGAUAAAAAAGCUUUGUAUAAGUCUGUACUUAGUCUUACUGAUAAACUAUAUGGGAUUAGAAUUGCUAAGUGAUAACAAUUGUAUGUAAGUAGCUAAGCAAAAACUGGAAAACACCAAUUUUCUUUACCCAAAUAAUUUGCCAGUUGUGGGAAUCGAACCCACAGCUGUGGAUGCAGAGAGCACUAUUGUGUUAAGAGGCUGUCAUGUAAUAAAUUAUUUAAUAUUAAGUAGGUAACAGAUAUUAUGUUUUAUUAAAAUUGUGCUAUUUGUCUGUGUAUAUUACUUUUAUGUUAUUUCAAGUUGAAUGUUAAGUUUUUAAACAGAAUAAACGAGUGAUAAUCAAA